AAAAAUUCAAUCAUAAUGAGCAAAUGUGGCAAAAAACAGCAUGCAAGAAUUAACAUAAGACAAAUGACCAUGGAAACAGGUGAAUCACAGCAAGAUGGCAAUGCAGCAGACUCUGUUGCAGAAAGUGAUGCUGCUACUAUACAGUCUCCAUCUGGCCAAAAUCAGAUAUCUACUAUAGCACAGGUUUCUGUAGCGGGAUCAACAACUGGAAGAGGAUCUCCCUCUGUAACUGUAGUGCAAUUGCCUUCUGGUCAAACGGUCCACGUGCAGGGAGUGAUUCAAGCAACUCAGCCUUCAGUUAUUCAAUCACCACAGUUGCAAUCUGUUCAGGUAGCAUCAGCUACAAGUGCAGAUGAAUCUACAGAGUCAGAGGUUGUCAUUGAUUCUCAGAAACGGAGGGAGAUACUUUCAAGGAGGCCUUCAUAUCGAAAAAUUCUGAAUGAACUUUCUUCUGAUGCACCCGGUGUCACUAAGAUUGAAGAAGGAAAGCCAGAGGAAGAAGGAGCGCCCUCUGGCAUCCCUGCCAUGGCAGUGCCAACGAGCCUUUAUCAGACUAGCACCGGGCAGUACAUUGCUAUAGCCCAAGGUGGAGCAAUCCAGAUCUCUAACCAGGCAUCUGACGGCGUUCAGGGGUUGCAGACAUUAACAAUGACAAAUUCAGGAGCUCCUCAGCCCGGUGCUACAAUUGUACAAUACGCAGCCCAAACAGCUGAUGGCACACAACAGUUCUUUGUACCUGGGAGUCAAGUUGUUGUCCAAGCUGCUACAGGUGACAUGCCAACUUACCAGAUCCGAACUCCAACCACAGCCUUACCUCAAGGGGUAGUCAUGGCAGCAUCCCCAGGAACGUUGCAUAGCCCACAGCAGCUCGCAGAAGAAGCAACGCGUAAAAGAGAGCUAAGGCUCAUGAAAAAUAGGGAGGCUGCAAAAGAAUGUCGACGGCGGAAGAAAGAAUAUGUGAAAUGUCUGGAGAGUCGUGUUGCGAUGUUAGAAGUUCAAAACAAGAAACUUAUAGAAGAGCUAGAAACCUUAAAAGACAUUUGCUCUUCCAAGACAGACUAGUAUCAAUAUUGAAACUGUGAACUGGCUACAGCAUGUACAGAUGCUUCUGCAGGCAAUGUCUAGUCAACAAGAAUUAUGACUUUUCCUUUGUAUCAUUUGUCUUCUACUCCAGCCUCUAACAUUCCUGAAACGCUGCAUUUUUGUAGAUUCUUAAUUGAAACUUCAGGUGUCUUUCUGAUCCAGAAAGAGUCAAAUGGUUAAGGCAGUGUCUGUUCCAUCUUUUCAAAAUGCAACAUGUGUAAGAGCUGUUCCUCUGCCCUAUCUUUGCAUUAAUUACUUUAAAUGUAUAAUUUUGGUUGUUCCCACUUGCACCAGUAUUUUAAAGUGAUCAAAGAUAAUGCAUCCAACACAAUAAAAUGAAAACCACCCUAAGUAUCUCAGGAAAGAGUUAUAUAUAUAAAUAUAUAUAUAAAGGUAUGUUGUAAUGACAUACAUGUAUUAGAAUACUAGUUUACAAAUGAAUUUAUGGCAUAUUUUUAUAUUCAUCACUUUGUGAAGAAAGUAUUGUAUUGCUGUCACUGAGUGCCAUGGUUGAAACUAGUUUUUAAAUAGAACCAUGUUGGUUAAACUUUGUAGUGUUUGGUGUUUAUUUGAACAUCUGGCCCAGCUAAGAAAUUUUAAAAUUUAUGCUGCACAUUAUGAAGUAAUUUUAGCAGACAUAUAUUUACGGUGUGUCUUAUAUUUCAUAAGCCACCACCAGAAUUGUAAUGCAGGGAUUUAAAAUCUGCUCAUGCUCGCACCCACUGUUUGCACAAAGGCUACUUGUAAAUAAUACUGGCGCUGGUAUUUUUAAAGGUCUGUGUCAUACCAAUGAUUCCCUUGUCAUCAUCUUCCAGGCUAAGCAAUCUUGUUUAAAGGGUAUUUCACACAACGUGCACAACCAUGGUUAGUCAGCUCUACUCAGUGGCUGUUGCCUGUCAAAAUCUUAUUAAAUACCCCAAGUAGGAGGUGAUUUUUACUGUUUGAAAUGUGCUGUGGAUGUAAACCACAUUUGCUGAAGGUGAUUUAUUUCUUGUCCAUCUAAUCAAUAGAAGUGCAAAGUGUUUCUCUCCACCGCCAUCCUCCGUGCUAUAUUCAUUUGGCUAUAUUGCUUUGCAGUUGUGUGACGCCAGUCUCUCUUAUGUUUCCUCCUGGCCUACAUUCCCACCCCUGCUUAGCUGAAGCAGUGUUUCCUGCUGAUCUGGAGCUCUGAAAAGAGAAAGCACGUAGGGACAUCCAGCAACUCUUCAGGAACUGUGUACACACCACACAUUUAAAGCACAUUUCCUCCCCACCCCCCAAAACAGAAUCUUGAGAACUGUGACUUGUUGAGGGUGCUGGGGAAUGUAAUUCUAUGAAGGGUAAACUACAGUUUAUCAAGAUAUGCUUUAAACAUGAGAUGUGUAUGCAGCCACAAUUGCUGUCACAAACAGGAGCUAGGGGGGAUUUCCUUUUGUGUGAAUAUACCCGUGCUUCCUUUCCCUGUGAUAGCAUCCUUGGGCCUU